GGUCUUACUACUUCUACGUGAUUAUCCUGAUAAUUCCGGUAUAUCUCGCCUUCAAGCUCCUGCAGUGGAUGGGCUGGUCACUCUUCGUCAACAACUAGCACUCUUGAAAACCACCCGAAAGGCCUAAAAAUCAUGCCUAAACGACGCGCAGGAGAUGACGAAGACAAAAGUGACAUGCAGACUGCCCGGGGACGCUUGAAGGGAAUCCUCCAAGAUCUGGCCGGACAGAGUGACGAUGAUGAGUCUUCGGCGCGCCGGAAUUCAUCCUCGGGGACUCCCAAGAAGAAGAUAGGCAAGAAGGAGUCCUUGCAUGCAUCGUCGGUGCAACAUUCGUAUGUCAUGAAGCUGUUUGAUCGCUCUGUUGAUCUGGCGAAGUUCGACGACAGCACGCCUUUGUAUCCGAUUUGCCGUGCCUGGAUCAAGUGUUCAGCCGUUCACAAGAGGUAUAAAAGUCGAGGCUUCUCCCAGAGGAAAUCCCGGCAAUACUAUGAGCACAAGGUUGACUUGCUGUCCAUCAUCAAGGAGGAUAAGCACAAGGAAGUCUCGGUGGAUCUUCUCCCGCCACCAGAGAAGGCGACUGUGAGCAGGAUUCCGAAUCUAUUGCCGUGCCAGGAGAAUAUGGACAAGGACAAUGUGAAGCUCGACUAUAAUAUUGACGAUCCUCCGAUGAGCAAAGAUGAGAUCCUGAGCGAAAUGCUGCCGCGUUGGAAGAACGUGAAGCGCAAUUGGCUGUCGCAGAUGCAGAAGGUGGAGAGCCGAUAUCAGAAGAGCCUGGAAAUCCUCGAUGAGCUCUACCAAAUAUCCAAUAUGGAGGAAUAGCAGAGAAGCGGACAAUUUUGGAAUAAUGAUAAAAAAAAUAAUCUAAGUGGAGCACUUUAAGAGCUUUUUUGCGAGGACUUAACUCAUGGAUGUUAGACCCAUUCCCUGUUCCCCAUUGAGAUUUCUGAUUCCGACACGGUGCCAUGCUGAGAGUGUCUGGUGGAUAUAAAGGACACACUCAGCGUGACAAAAUCGCAUUCUCUGUUCGUGGUCUGCACUGGAAUCAAGCGGUUGUUAAGUGUGUUGUGUUAAGGAGUUGACUGGAAAAGCAUUAAAAAUGC